CCUUCCCCCUUCAAUCUCUCUCUCCCUCUCUCUCUCUCUCUCUCUCUAACACACGCACACGCACACACGCACGUACACAGAAGCUUUGAGCGAAGAGAUAGAGCCGCCAUGGCGGAGAACGGGCGGACCCUGGCGGCGAAGAAGAGAGCGGUCGAUGCGUCGGCCGAUGCUGAACAGGAGCCGGCGGCGGCGAGCAGGAAGCGGGUGGCGCUCGGAGAUAUCACCAACUUAUCCAAUCCCAUCGUCCCGGCGACGGGCGGCGGCGGCGGCGGCACCACGAAGAAGGCCCAAGUCAGGGUCGUCAGCGAGUCAACGACCGCGGCAUCCGUGCCUUCAGCUGCGACAGAGGAGGGCGGUGGCCGCAAAAUCGAUCCGCCGACAUGCGGAGCUUAUGUUUCUGACAUCUUUCGCUACCUUCGCAACAUGGAGACGGAGCCGAAGAGGAGACCAUUGCCUGAUUACAUUGAGAAAGUUCAGAAUGAUAUAAGUCCCAAUAUGAGAGGGAUAUUGGUGGACUGGUUGGUGGGAGUUGCGGAGGAGUACCAGCUUCUUUCGGACACGCUCUAUCUCUGCAUCUCUUACAUCGAUCGGUUCUUAUCUUCGAAUGCUUUGUCUAGGAAAAAGCUUCAGCUGCUCAGUGUUUCCGCGAUGCUCAUUUCCUCAAAGUACGAAGAAAUCACCCCUCCCCAUGUAGAAGAUUUCUGUUACAUGACAGACAACAGUUAUACGAGAGAAGAGGUGGUUCAAAUGGAGGUUGAUAUAUUGAAGGCUCUGGACUUUGAAUUGGGCAAUCCCACGAUAAGGACAUUCCUAAGAAGAUUCAGCACAGUUGCUCAGGAAGGUCACAAGACUACGAAUCUGAAACUGGAGUUCUUGGGCUACUACCUUGCGGAGCUAACUUUGUUGGAUUACACCUGCGUGAAGUUCUUGCCAUCUGUUGUCGCUGCAUCUGUCACAUUUUUAGCAAGAUAUAUCACGCGACCAAAAUCUCACCCCUGGACUUCAAGCCUACAGAGGUAUUCAGGGUACACCGUGAAGGACUUGAAAGAGUGCGUUCACAUCAUACAUGACUUGUACCUGGGGAGAAGAGGAGGCUCCUUGCAAGCUGUACGAGAAAAAUACAAGCAGCACAAGUUUAAACGGGUGGCUGUCACGCCUUCUCCUCCAGACAUACCAGCUUCUUAUUUUGAAGAUGCCAAUGACUGAUCAACCAAAUGUUGGGCUGGGUAUAUAUUGGUGAACCGAUGGAAUUUUACAGGAUAUGGCAGCAAAUAUUUGCAAUUAGCUUUGCAAUAAGCAAGUGUGAGUCUGUGACAACUGACAAGGACCGAAACAUGUUGCUAGUCAUACCAGAAAAUGCUGAUGAGGAAAACUGUGUUGUCCAUAAUACAGGGAGCCGCUAACAUUGAUAUAUAGAGUUUUCCAUGAGUAAGGUUUGCGUUAAUUACAUCAGCAAACAAAUUGCAUUCUGGUGAUGUAGAUGACGUUGAUAGUGCUGAUUGCUUCAGAAGUGAGCAACGAAAGACUGAUGAUCUGGUCCCUGGUGACCUAUUUCAGUCGAA